AUGAUUUUGCGGUGGUGCUUUUCGUGGCUCGUUGCUAUCCUUCUUUGCUCCCGAGUGCCUCCAACGCGGGCAUUUUUCCGCAGUGAGCUUCGUCCGUCAGCAAUCCCCAAAGGCCGAUAUCUAGCCCGCUUAUUCGAAAAGCUUUCUCCUCUCCCUGCUGGAAUAUCUCCCUUCGAAAAGUCGACCGCGAAAAGUCUCGAUAUUCAGGGUGACUUUCGCAACUUGGCGGCUCCCGCUCUGCAGAAAGCUCUACGCGACGGCUGGAAGCAACUGGAGAUAGACUUUCCACCCCUGACUGGUGGAGACCAGUCCAAAACACAGUUUGACGAUUUUGACAAUGUACAAGAGCUCAACGCAAAUCGUGACUGGUGUGUGCAACUGGCCCCCGCCAUUGCCAGCAAGAACCGCGAAGUUUGGUUCAUCCUACCCGAUGACAAGGAGUGUGAACUCGCCAAAGAAGAAUGGACUGGCCAACGAUUCCGCCAAGCUGCCAAGUUUACGUCCGUUCGUGCCGCUGUCUUAAAGACGUCGGGUGAGUCACAAUAUUCCAAAGCUUGGGGGUCAACGAUUGCCUCCACGAUGAACAAACUAACUGGUGGUGACGGAAUCCUGGCCGACUCGUCCACGUUGGACGACCUCGGUUCGGGAGAUCGAUUCCAUUUGGUUUGUCAACCCGGAAACGGCGGACCGGUCGAGGAUUGGAUCAAUGUCGAACGGCUGCACAAGGCUGACCCUUCCCAGCCCACGUGCGUGGUGAAUGGAGCGCUGGACAAGGUCCGGGACGGCUAUUACCCCGCCGUUUUCUUUCCAGCUCUAGCCCGAACGAUUCCCUUUUACCGGGAAUUUGAAGCCGUCUUUAUUCUGAAACCAGUUUCGGACAAGGGUGUGUAUGGGUGGUUGUACCGCGUCUACCCGGAACCCUGGCAAGUAGUGUUACAGGAACCGCAACGCAAACAACGAGGCGAUCAGACGGUUGUGGUGGUGGAAGACAAGGUGGCCUUGGUCCGGGAGACCCGGCCAUCCUACAAGGAUAUUGUCGACGCCCUACUCGUUACCGCCUCUCAAAGUUAG